AUGGCGAAAGCAUCAUUAUCAAUUGAUGAAAAACAUGCAUUGAUUACACGUAAUCUUCAAGAAGUUAUUGGUGAUGAUCGUUUACGGAAGAUUUUAGAAGAAAGAGAUCUUCGCCUUUAUUGGGGAACAGCUACAACAGGUCGACCUCAUAUUGGCUAUUUUGUACCAAUGACUAAAAUAGCUGAUUUUCUACAUGCUGGUUGUGAAGUUACUAUACUCUUUGCUGAUCUUCAUGCCUAUUUGGAUAAUAUGAAAGCACCAUGGGAAUUAUUGGCUCAUCGAACUGUUUACUAUGAACAUAUAAUUAAAGCAAUGCUAAAAUCAAUUGGUGUUCCACUUGAAAAAUUAAAAUUUAUUCGUGGAACUGAUUUUCAACUUUCUCGUGAAUACACACUUGAUGUUUAUCGUUUGUCAUCUCUUAUUACAGAACAUGAUGCUAAAAAGGCUGGUGCAGAAGUCGUUAAACAAGUUGACUCACCAUUACUUAGUGGUUUACUCUAUCCAGGUCUUCAAGCUCUUGAUGAAGAAUAUUUAAAAGUUGAUGUUCAAUUUGGUGGAGUUGAUCAAAGAAAAAUUUUUACAUUUGCUGAAGAAAAUUUACCAAAACUUGGUUAUGCGAAACGUAUUCAUUUAAUGAAUCCCAUGGUUGCUGGUUUAACUGGUGGAAAAAUGAGCGCAAGUGAAGAAUCGAGUAAAAUCGAUUUACUUGAUACAACUGAAAAUGUUGAAAAGAAAGUUAGGAAAGCUUUUUGUGAACCAGGAAAUAUUGAUCGAAAUGGUGUGCUUGGUUUUUGUAAAAGUGUUAUUUUUCCAUUACUUAAGAAUAAAGAUCUAGUAGUAAAACGAUCAGCUGAACAUGAUGGGCCAAUGUCAUUUAGUAAUUAUGAACAAUUAGAACAAAGCUUUCUUAAACAUGAGAUACAUCCAGUUGAUCUGAAGAAUGCUGCUACUACAUAUCUUGAACAAUUACUUGAACCAAUUCGAAAAGAAUUCGAAACUGAAGAAAUGCAAAAACUAAUCUUCAAUGCUUAUCCACCGUCACCGGCUCCAGUUCAUGAAAAAAAAAAGAAAGAAUCUGGAAAAAAAGAACAACGAUCAACUGUAUCAACACCAAUUACAUCUGAAUUAGCACAAAAUGCUAAUGAAAAUCUUGUCAUUAAAGAUGACACAAAUUCUACAUCAAAAGAUGACGAUCCAAAUUAG